AUGAAGGUGAACCGGCUUUGCUUCAUUUUACCUGCUGAUUUUAAUGAAAUCGCUCCCUUGGACUACCCCCCAGUGGAAAAACCUGUUAAAAAGGAGGGGAAGAAGCACCCGUACCGUAACUGUGGGGCUCAUUUUGUUGGUUUCAUCCGGGAUUCCCUCCGCCGCUUCUAUGGCUCCAGAUGCCUGCUUCAUUGUGCUAACCCGAGGAGGCAGCAGUCGAGCGUUUUUCAUGACCUCGCAGGGGUUCAGAUGUCGGAGAAAGUUGGUGGAGACAAUCCAAGGAUUUUCAGUUACGCCGAGCUUUACAUAGGCUCUAAAGGAUUCUGUCAAGAUGAAAUUCUUGGAAGUGGGGGUUUCGGGAGAGUGUAUAAAGCUGUCUUACCAAGUGACGGAACUGUGGUGGCCGUCAAAUGUUUGGCCGAGAAAGGGGAGAGGUUUGAAAAGACUUUUGCAGCUGAGCUGGUGGCGGUGGCUCAUCUCCGCCACAGAAAUCUUGUUCGGUUGAGGGGCUGGUGCGUUCAUGAAGACCAGUUGCUCCUCGUCUAUGACUACAUGCCAAAUCGAAGCCUCGACAGAGUACUCUUUAGAAGGCCCGAAAAUACCGGGGCACCACCUUUAAACUGGGACCGCCGGAGGAAAAUCGUUCGAGGUCUUGCGGCUGCACUGUUUUAUCUCCAUGAACAACUGGAGACUCAAAUCAUACAUCGCGACGUAAAAACAAGCAACGUGAUGCUCGACUCCCAGUACAAUGCCCGGCUCGGUGACUUCGGCCUGGCACGGUGGCUGGAACAUGAACUGGAGUACCAAAUCAGGACACCAGCGACGAAACGACACCAAUUCCGUUUAGUUGACACGACGAGGAUCGGUGGCACAAUUGGGUACCUCCCACCGGAGAGUUUCCAAAAACGAAGUGUGGCGACUACAAAGUCAGAUGUUUUCAGCUUUGGGAUUGUUGUUUUAGAGGUGGUUUCGGGGAGGCGAGCUGUUGAUCUUACGUUUCCCGACGAGCAAAUCAUUUUGCUUGAUUGGAUCCGAAGGUUGUCUGAUGAAGAUAAGCUUUUACAAGCAGGGGACAGUCGACUUGUAGAUGGCUCCUACAAGCUUGCCGAUAUGGAGCAGUUCCUUCAUAUAGGACUCCUUUGCACGCUCCAUAAUCCAUUGUUGAGGCCUAAUAUGAAAUGGGUUGUUGAAGUUCUUUCUGGUAAUAUUUCCGGGAAACUUCCGACUCUACCGUCAUUUGAGUCUCACCCUUUAUACAUCUCACUCUCAUCCUCAUCCAAUACUAGUGGAAGCAAGAGCACCGCCAGUAGUCGGUUGUCCACCGCCACUGCCACUACCAGCAGCGUCAACAUUACUGUCUCAUUUGCUUCAUCCGAUUAUGCAACUGCCACCGAAGAAACUAUAUAUGAAACUGCUGAAUUUGGAGUCAAUGGUUCCAGUUUAUCCACCAGCAGCAGCCGUCGUCCAACCAACUUCUUUAUGGUCGACACUCCAAGGGAAAUACCCUUCAAGGAGCUCAUUGUCGCCACUGAUAAUUUUGCGGAAUCACGAAGGGUGGCGGAGCUUGACUUCGGAACUGCCUACCAAGGUUUCCUUGACAACCGUCAUCACAUUCUUGUGAAGAGACUUGGCAUGACCAAAUGCCCUGCAUUGCGAACAAGGUUUUCAAGUGAACUCCAAAACUUAGCGAGGCUCCGCCACCGUAAUCUAGUUCAACUCCGUGGAUGGUGUACCGAGCAAGGAGAGAUGCUCGUUGUAUAUGAUUACUCGGCGAAUCAACUGUUGAGUCACCUCCUUUUUCACCAUAACAAUAUAACUGGCAGCUCUAUUUUGCAAUGGCGACGUCGAUACAACAUUAUCAAAUCCCUUGCUUUUGCAAUUCUUUAUCUUCACGAGGAAUGGGAUGAACAAGUCAUCCAUAGGAACAUUACCUCUUCAGCCAUCAUUCUUGAUCCCGACAUGAAUCCACGGCUUAGUAGUUUUGCUCUGGCUGAGUUCUUGACAAGAAAUGAUCACGGCCAUCACGCAGCUACCAACAAAAACAAAUCAGUUCGUGGAAUUUUCGGUUAUAUGUCACCUGAAUAUAUAGAAUCUGGAGAAGCAACACCAAUGGCUGAUGUUUAUAGCUUUGGAGUGGUGGUGCUUGAGGUGGUCAGCGGAUAUAUGGCAGCCGACUUUAGGCAGCCUGAGGUAUUAUUGGUGAAACGAGUACACAACUUUGAGGCACGGAAAAGGCCGUUUGAGGAACUGGUGGACACGAGGUUGAAGGAGGAAUACAAUACUGAAGAAGUUUUGAGACUGACAAAACUGGGAAUCGCUUGCACACGAUCUGACCCGAAAUUAAGGCCUACCAUAAGGCAGAUAGUGAGCAUACUUGAUGGGAAUGAUAAAAGCUUCAUCGAAGAAUGGCAGAGGAAGGAGGGUAGUGAAGAAUGGAAAGAGAGAAAUGCCUGUUCUUUGUCACUUGUUAGAAGAAUCCAUGCUCUGGGAUUACAUUGAAACUCAUACAGGAGGAGAGGCAAGUUCUAGCAUUCGUUUUCCGCAACAAUUUUCGUUUCGAUUAAUGUGUACGUUAAAGGUAGUGCCUGUGCUUUUGUAUGUAUCUAUCUUAAACAAUGAGAUGAAAUGUUGUACCUGUAUAGUAUAGCAGUGAUUAGGAAGUUUCUGUGUUCAUAAUCUAAGCCAGAUUUGAUUGAUUCCAAGUACAA